CUCUCGUCCGCGGGUGACAGUCGUCAGGUGCCCGAACCGGAGCUCUGGAAGGAAGGGCGCGCUGCAGCCCAAGUUCACGACCAAGUCCAGUUCCUCCCCCGCUCGCCGGUGGCCAAUGCCUGGGGAUCCUUGUUUUUCUACUGCCUUUUCCGGAUUCUGCUUUACCCUUGAACUCCAGGCCCAGGGUGGCUUCUGACCUUCAGUCCCUUUAGAGAGGGCGCCCUGUCGGGUUUGAACAGGUGUUCCCAUUGGCAUUGUUCCUGGCUCAAAGGAGGGUGAAGCCUUAAGGGAGGCCUGCCAUGUUGGGAGACGCCAUCAUGGUGAUCAAAGGUUUGGCCAAGCUGGCCCAAGCCGUUAUGGAGACCCAGCACCACUACCUGAGUUUUGGCGGGGAGAUGAUCACAGCUGCCAGGGCCCUGCAGACCACCGCCGAGGAGCAGUUGAAUUCUGCUUUGGCAAAAACGAAGGCUGCGGAUCAGACUCAAAAGCACUCCCCGGACUCCAGUGACGAUCCAGACUCCGAAUUCCACUUCUCAAGUGCAGAGGCAGCGAGGGCUCCAGACUUUUCUGCCUCCACUCCUCCCCCUCCUCCAUUUCCUGGCCAGCUCCACAAAGAAGGCCCCACUCCUACCUAUGCUUCAAAUGGACCUUUUGGAGAAGCUGGGGCUUCAGGCCAGCCCUUUGGUCCUGCCUCAGGGAAAAUCCAUGGGAAACUUUUUGGAGACUCUAGGGACCCAUUUGCUUCCUCGGUCAUGCAGCGAAGGUUUUUCCACCAGGAUCAGUCUUCUGUGGGGGGCCUCACUGCUGAAGAUAUCGAGAAAGCCCGGCAGAGCAAGACUCAGACCGGAAAUAAGCCUCACAAACAGAUGUUGAGUGAGCGGGCCCGGGAACGGAAGGUGCCAGUCACGAGGAUCGGGAGGCUGGCUAACUUUGGAGGUCUGGCUGUUGGUCUGGGCUUUGGGGCCCUGGCUGAAGUUGCCAAGAAGAGCUUCCGACCUGAGAGUAGCACAGGAAAGAAGGCGAUCCUGGACUCUAGUCCUUUUCUUUCUGAGGCAAACGCGGAGAGAAUCGUGAGCACCUUGUGUAAGGUUCGAGGAGCUGCCCUGAAGCUGGGGCAGAUGCUGAGCAUCCAGGAUGAUGCUUUCAUCAACCCCCAGCUGGCCAAGAUCUUCGAUCGUGUGAGACAAAGCGCAGACUUUAUGCCCUUGAAACAGAUGACGAAAACUCUCAAGAAUGACCUUGGCCCUGAUUGGAGGGAGAAGCUGGAAUACUUUGAGGAUCGGCCCUUCGCCGCUGCUUCUAUCGGGCAGGUCCACCUGGCCCGCAUGAAGGAUGGUCGAGAGGUAGCCAUGAAGAUCCAGUACCCUGGAGUGGCCCAGAGCAUCAACAGUGACGUUAACAAUCUGAUGACCGUUCUCAGCAUGAGCAAUGUACUCCCUGACGGCCUGUUCCCAGAACAUCUGAUCGAUGUGUUGAGACGGGAGCUGGCCCUUGAGUGUGACUACAAGAGAGAAGCUGCCUGUGCCAAGAAGUUCAAGGAGCUGCUGAAGGAUCACCCCUUCUUCUACGUGCCAGAGGUCAUCGAUGAGCUUUGUAGUCCUCACGUCCUGACCACAGAGCUGGUGUCUGGUUUUCCCCUGGACCAGGCAGAAGGACUGAGCCAGGAAAUUCGAAAUGAGAUCUGCCAAAACAUCCUGGUUCUGUGUCUGAGGGAGCUCUUUGAGUUUCAUUUCAUGCAGACGGACCCCAACUGGUCUAACUUCUUUUAUGAUCCCCAGCAGCACAAGGUGGCUCUCCUUGACUUUGGAGCAACCCGGGAGUAUGAUGAGUCGUUCACUGACCUUUACAUCCAGAUAAUCAGGGCUGCGGCUGAUCAGGACAGAGAAACUGUGUUGAAGAAAUCUAUAGAGAUGAAGUUCCUCACUGGCUAUGAAGUGAAGGCUAUGGAGGAUGCCCACUUGGAUGCUAUCCUCAUCCUGGGGGAGGCCUUUGCCUCAGACUCACCGUUUGAUUUUGGGGGCCAGAGGACCACUGAGAAGAUCCACGGUUUGAUUCCCAUCAUGCUGAAGCACCGCCUCAUCCCCCCGCCAGAGGAGACUUACUCCCUCCACCGAAAGAUGGGGGGCUCGUUCCUCAUAUGCUCCAAGCUGAAGGCUUGUUUCCCCUGUAAAGCAAUGUUUGAGGAAACCUACAGCAACUAUUGCAAGAGGAAGGCCGAGAAGAAGUAACCAGUUGAGUGUCUUGUCUGAAGGCCCAGUUGUUUUAUCUAGCAAAGAGCACGAUAGCUUUGUCUGUUACCUCCCAGAUCAUCUCAAGAUUCAGAAAACUAUCCCAGAAUCUAAAAGCAAGUGGAUGUUGGUACUGACAAAACCUGUAACCUUCUACUUACCCAUAAAAGGGAGUUUUCUUGGAGGAGUGAACUUGGAGGAAAUUGUGAAUGUGCUGAGCAGGGAGGGAUGGCUGCCGGGGUCCUCCAUGGCCAGUGCCCUUGCAUAGUUUUUGUGCAUUAACUGGUGGCUCUGUAGUGAUUGGGUGGGGUUGAGAAUGAGGAGAAAGAAAACUGAACCGUGACAAAUCUCUUGAAACCUGCUUUUUAUUCUUUCUAUGAAAUAGCUUUGGACAAAGAUGAGGAGAAAAAAAAAAUGAUUUUUUUCUUUUUUUUGGUGUGUGUGUGUGUGUGUGUGUGUGUGUGUGUGUGUGUGUGUGUGUGUGUGUGUGUGUGUUUUAAUAGGGGUUUUCCUCAUGUGAAUGUUAACUGUAGAAGGGAGAGCACCCAUUUCUCCUCUCUCUUAAAAUAAGUACAGAGAGAAAAAGCCUCGUAGGACUUGCCAGACCUUGUAGGGUAAGUUUUGGGGAUGUUGGUGUGUGUAUACAGAACACUUUAAUGUUGCCUGCCUUUUUCCCCCUCUGGCUGGAGUUGGAGAGGAAGCUCUGUACAGAAUAGUUAGUGCCAAAAAAAGCUAUUUCACUAAAUGACCUGCCUUCCAGCAAGCUGGUUCUCUUAGGAGGUUUUGACAACUGAUUGUAUGCCAGUGAACUUCUUGCCAUUUGGUUGUAUGAGGGGAAGAGAAGACAAGGGUGAGGGGAGAAGAGAUUCCACCAUCUUUUCUGGUGUCCUCACUCUCACCUUUGCUGACGUGAGUGCGAGAGAAGGGGGUGUGUUGCUAAAUUAUAGCCAGAUGCUCAGAUUGACCUGAUGGGAAUAACCACCACUGUAUGUUAGUUUUUGUACAUUCUUGUAACUGUCCUACUUAUGCAUUUCAAUAAAAAAUUGAUUGUGGA